AUGUUGGGAAUUUGCACCAGAACUGUAGUAAAGGUGGGGAUGGUGAGACCCAUUGGUUUGGUGAAAUCUUGUCACUUGGUGAAGCCUGUAUCAGCGACUCUGGUCACUGGCAGGUACCUGACCCAGCAGGAGGGACUGCCCCGUCAGCCUCUCCCCACUCUACAGCAGACCUGUGAGCGCUACGUCACCACCCUGGAGGCCAUCGUGGAGGGAGACGAGCUAAAGCGAGCAAAACAGCUGGUGGAAGACUUUCAGAAACCAGGAGGGGUUGGAGAGAGACUGCAGGGAAGCCUGGAGAAGAAAGCGAGCAACACUGAAAACUGGUUAGCAGAUUUCAAUGUGAACGAACAUCUCAAACAACGGAGACCUGUGCCGGUUUUUUCAAAUCCUUCAAGUUUUCGGAGGACCGACUCCAGUACAGACAAGGAACGACUAAGGUGUGCUGCCAAAACAAUAGAAGAUAUUUUGGAUCUUAAGAAAAAGAUAGACACUGGUACACUACCAGUUGAGUGUGUCAGAGGAAUUCCCUUGUGUAUGAAGCAGUACUACCAGGUGCUGUCAUCCUGCCGCAUCCCUGGUCCGGAGAGAGACUCGCUGGUUUUCUAUUCCAAGACCGACCCAAAAUACAUCACUGUAGCACACAACUGUGAGUUCUUUGUGCUGGACGUGUACAACAGUGAUGGGACUCAACUGACAAUCGAUCAGCUCUGUGUUCAACUGGACAGGAUCUGCAAAGCUUCACCACAGCUCAGCACGGAUCCUGUUGGCAUCCUGACCACCCAAUAUCGCAAAACCUGGAACAAGGCCUACAUUAACUUAAUGAAUGAUGAGACCAACAGAGAAUCAGUGUCAGCCAUUCAAAGGAGCAUCUUCACACUGUGUUUGGAUAGAGCGAUGCCACAGGUGUCUGAUGAGUCGAGUGACAUCACUGGUAUCAAACAGAUAGUGCAUGGAGGAGGCAGCCAGUGUAACAGUGGCAACCGCUGGUUUGACAAAUCACUACAGGUUAUUAUUGGAAAAGACGGGUCAUGUGGUGCAAACUUCUCACAUGCCAAUGUUGAUGGUACAGUUGCACAAGUCUUUGCACAUGCCGUGGCAGCAUACAUGAAGGACCCAGAGAUGAUGCGGUCUGCCAUGGAGCCUUCACUCACGGACAUGAAGGAGACUGAGUCUUUGCCCAUGCCACAGAAACUACACUUCAGCAUCACACCUGAGAUCAAGAAGGACAUUGAGGAAGCCAAGCAGAACAUGGACAUACUGGCCCAAGAUGUGGAUCUGAGAAUUCAGGUAUUUGACCACUUUGGAAAAGAUGUCCCAAAGGCCUACAAGCUGAGCCCCGAUGCUUUCAUACAGAUGGCAAUGCAGCUAGGCUACUACAGGAUGUACCAGCGGUGUGGUACAGUGUUUGAAGCUAACUCCAUGCGUAUGUUCAGAGGGGGCCGGAUAGAUGGAAUCUGUGCGACCUCAAGUGCCUCAGCUGCCUUUGUCAAGGGCUUUGAUGAUCCUACAAAACAGGUCACAGAGAAGAUGGAUUUAUUGGGGAAAUCUAUAAAAGCACACAAUGCAUUAACUAAAAUGGCAAUGAGUGGACACAGCAUAGAUGGACACAUGAUGACUCUUAAAGAUCUGGCUGUUGAGGAGAACAUCACCAUACCAGAAAUCUUCAAAGACACAUCUUUCGAUAAAGCCUUUGACUACAACGUCUUUACAAGUCAGGUAACGCUAGAGAAUGAAUUUCUGCCAGUUACUAACCUUGAUGAUCCCAAUGGAUACUGUGUGUGCUACAGUGUUAAGAGCAAUUACAUCGGCUUUGUGGUGACAGCUAUCAACAGCUGCAAAGAAACAAGUGCCACACAACUGAUCCAGUCAAUAGAGAAUGCACUGCUGGACAUGAGGACUCUGCUGGAACAAUCUCAAGUCUAA